AUGGUGUUCCUGCGCGUAUCAGCGGUGGUUCUUGCCGCCGCGGUUGUUCUUGCCCUGGCCCAACUGCAGGGUCUGCUCGACGUCCAGAAAGUCCUCGAGCCCUAUCUCCCGGCAAAGUACCAGAGCCAACAGGUCUCGGUCGCUCUGCCCCAGGGCACAAUCGUGGGCAAGACACUGUACGGCGACUACCCACAACCGGUCGAGGCAUUCCGCGGCUUUCCCUACUCCCUCGCCCCCACCGGUCCCAGAAGAUUCCGGCCAUUGGAGCCUCUCCCGAAUGCCAACACAACAUACCAAGCGUUUGAUUAUGGGCCCAUGUGUCCUGGCAAGACCUUCCGGGGCCCUCCCAGGCCCUUUGCCGAGGACUGCCUGACCGUCAAUGUCUUCCGUCCGGCUGGAGUCAACAGUUCCGCCAACCUGCCCGUCGCUCUUUAUGUCCACGGCGGCGCCUUCAACCGUGGCUUUGCCGCCAUGCAGGAUCUGCCCUCCAUGAUCGGCUGGUCCGACAGCCCUUUCAUCGGCGUGAGCUUCCACUACCGCAUCAGCGCCCUCGGAUUCCUGCCGUCUGCCCUUACCGAGAAGGAGGGCCUGCUCAAUCUCGGCCUGCGCGACAUGUACUUCUUCUUCGACUGGUUCAGGGAGAACAUUGGCCAGUUCGGCGGCAAUCCCGACGACGUGACUGUCUUUGGGCUCAGCGCCGGAGCCCACGCCAUUGGCCACAUGAUCAUGAACACCGACGAGCCCUUCUUCCAGCGCGCCAUCAUGGAAUCUGGCGGAACCACGGCGCGCGCCGUCCACAAGCCGUCGGAGAAACUGCACGAGGACCAGUUCGAAAAGUACGUCAAGGGCGCCAAUUGCGGCGACGUGCCCGACGAAUCCGUCUUCGACUGCCUGCGUGAGCAGCCCUUCGAUGUUGUGUCCAAGGCCGCUUUCGAUGUCUUUGACGAAUACAACCCGUCUCUUCGGUGGGCCUUCCAGCCCACCAUUGAUGGCAAGAUCAUCAAGCGCCGGCCGACCGAGGCCUGGGAGUCUGCCAAGUGGAACAAGAUCCCCAUCCUGACCGGCUUCACCACCAACGAAGCCUCUUCUUACGUUCCCUCUACUCUUGACACCCCCGAGCAAUUUCCCGAAUACUUCAAGGUGCUCCACCCGGAGCUCACCGACAAAGACAUCGCCGAGCUGGACAAGCUUUACCCGGAUCCCUCCACAGACGAGGCUUCUCCGUACGUCGAGUCUCGUCCUAUUGCUGUGGGCAAGCAGUACAAGCGCGCCGAGGCCGCCUACGCCCACUAUGCCUACGUGUGCCCGGUCCACGCAACCGCGCUGCACGCUGGCAUCGCUCAGGACGCUCCUGUCUUCAUGUACCACUGGGCCGCCAACGCCAGUGUGCAGAACGGCGCCAACCACGGCGACCAGAAGGCGUACGAGGCGUACGAGCUCGGAGCCCGCACCACGCCCUUCCACGAGAAGAUGGCGGGCGAGGUCCACGCGUACUGGACGAGUUUCAUCACGAAGAACGGAGAUCCCAACGCGUUGAAGGGCAGUAGGGCUGCCGAUCGUCCCGAGUGGCUGCCCUACAAGAAGGGCAAUCAGGAGAAGAAGAUGAUUUUUGGUGAGGGCAACGAUGAGCUUGCGGGCGGCACUGGUGUCGGUGUCACUAGCCAGGUGGUCGAUGACACUUGGGCCAGAAAGGAGUGUGACUGGUGGUAUUCCAAAGGCAAGAAGCUUCACCAGUGA